AACACAGUACUGAUUCUUCAAUUCGCGAGGGCAUUCAUAAUCACAAUUUUCAGUUGCCACGGAUCUCACUUCCGAAGUUUUCGGGCAAGUUCUCCGAAUGGGAGAGUUUUAAAAAUACUUUCGAGUCUCUUGUCGCGAGUAAUGAUUCUCUCUCGAACACGCAGAAAUUUCAUUACCUCAAAACGAGCGUCAUCAGUGACGCUGCCUCGAUUAUUAGUAAUUUAAAGAUUUCCGACGCUAAUUAUGAGUCCGUCUGGCAGUUGUUGAUUGACGAGUAUGAUGAUCAACUUACGUUGAUCCAUACUCACAUUCACGCCUUCAUGUGCCUACCGACAAUGAAGGCGGAAAACGUCGCGGAAAUGCGAAAGUUGAGAGAUACCGUGUCCGCAUCUCUAGCGGCUCUCACUAAUCUAAAGCGGCCGGUACGCGAGUGGGAUGACAUUCUCGUCUACGUCAUCUCUCAAAAAUUUAGUUCGAAAACAAGGAGCGAAUGGAAUUUAAAAAUUUCGUCAAGUCGCGAGCUUCCUUCGUACAAGGAUAUUCAUGAAUUCCUCACGCUUCGAAUACGAGGUCUGUCGGACUUCUCCGACAAUCCUAAAGUAAUCGUCAAUUCUAAGAGUGACAAAACGCAGUCCUCCGUUCAUAAUCUUUCCGCGAUUAAGUGCAUUUGCUGUUCCGGCAGUCAUUCGCGGCAUGUCAUCGCGCGACAGAAUCGGGUCUGCUUCAAUUGUUUGCGAGCGGGACAUUUCACGCCGAAAUGCUCGAGCAAAAUUCGAUGCGCUCAUUGUCAACGCUCUCAUAACACAUUGUUACACAAUGAGAGUGAUCAAAAUAAGGACACAGCGGAAAAUUCCCGUUUAUCGAAUUCGAGCGUUAAUGCGUCUACUACCACGAGUAAGACUGUCGUAGUCGGCGACGCCGCCGUCGCCAGCGUGCAAACUCUCAAACCUUAG